UAUCAGGUCAACAACAUGAAAGUCACAGGCAUCACAAUCCUCUUUUGGCCCCUCUCCAUGAUAUUAUUAUCAGACAAAAUCCAGUCUUCUAAAAGAGAAGUCCAAUGUAAUUUCACUGAAAAAAAUUAUUCCUUGAUUCCAGCAGAUAUCAAGAAAGAUGUUACUAUACUCGACCUCAGUUAUAACCAAAUUACUCUUAAUGGUACAGACACAAGAGUUCUACAGACAUACUUUUUACUCACAGAGCUCUAUUUGAUUGAGAACAAUGUUACUAUCUUACAUAAUAAUGGUUUUGGUAACCUCUCCAGUCUAGAAAUUUUAAAUAUCUGUAGAAACUCCAUCUAUGUAAUUCAACAGGGUGCAUUUUUAGGCUUAAAUAAACUAAAACAGUUAUAUCUCUGCCAAAACAAAAUAGAACAACUGAAUGCUGAUAUAUUUGCACCUCUAAGAAACCUAAAACUUCUGAAUCUGCAAGGCAAUUUGAUUAGCUAUUUGGAUGUACCACCACUAUUUCAUCUGGAAUUAAUAACUUUAUAUGGAAACCUAUGGAACUGCUCUUGCAGUCUAUUUAAUUUGCAGAACUGGUUGAACACAUCAAAUGUGACAUUAGAAAAUGAGAACAUCACCAUGUGUAGCUACCCCAACAGCCUGAAGAGCUACAAUAUCAAAACAGUACCUCAUAAGGCUGAAUGCCACUCAAAAUUUCCUUCACCAGUAACUGAAGAUCUUUAUAUUCAUUUUCAGCCCAUCAGCAAUUCAACAUUUAAUAGCUCUUCGAACAACUUAACAAGAAAUUCAGAACAUGAACCUCUUGGAAAAAGUUGGGCUUUUCUUGUUGGUGUUGUUGUCACUGUACUGACGACUUCACUUCUCAUUUUUAUUGCUAUCAAAUGCCCAAUAUGGUACAAUAUUCUGCUUAGUUAUAAUCAUCAUCGCCUGGAAGAGCAUGAAGCAGAAACCUAUGAAGAUGGUUUUACUGGAAAUCCAAGCUCUCUUUCACAGACACCAGAAACAAACUCUGAAGAAACGACAGUAAUAUUUGAACAAUUAGAUUCAUUUGUGGUAGAUGAUGAUGGAUUUAUUGAAGACAAAUAUAUAGAUAUCCAUGAAUUAUGUGAAGAAAAUUAAUUUCUUUCAAAGUUUGCUUUUUAAAACAAAGUUAUCAGC